AUGAAUGUAGUUAGCGAGACACAACUUAGAGAUGGUAAAAAAGAAGUCAAGUUUAACGCCGUUAAUGAAACCUACGUUAUUUGGAAUUCCAUAUCAAUUCCGGACUUUGGAUUUGGUAAGAUAAAAUUAUUUUUAGUUGUAUUUUUGAGAAUUGUUAAUUUACAAGUAAUAUCAUUAGGUGCCAUGGAGAACUGGGGUUUAAUUACGUAUCGUACAGCCAAAAUCCUUUUAGAUCCUAAGUAUUCUAAUACAAUUACGAAAUAUAUUGCGUACAUGCAAUUGCACAUCAGGUGGGAUCAUCUUUGGCUUAAAUUCUUUCCUGAUUGGGGUAUUUGGUCACAGUUUGAUAUAAUUUCAAGCGCUCUUCAGCUUUAUUCUUUAAAUUCUGCUCAACCUAUUGAACUUCAUGUAAAUGAUAACAGUGAAAUUUCUCAAGUGUUUGAUGCUAUUAGUUAUUACAGGGGUGCUUCUGUAAUUCGCAUGCAAAGUUCAUUCCUGUUUAUGACAGGAUGGACAUGGAUGUAUCCGAUAUUAACUGUUAAAGAAUCAACACCUGAAACGUUAGUAAUUCGACAUCGCAGUUUCCUUUCAUCAGGAGUUAUUAAUAAUGAUGAGGACACUGCGAUUUGGUGGGUGCCUCUUGGAGUUGACUUUGGACAAGCAUUUAGGGUAGGUUUUCUUGAAGUUAGUGAUCGUAUUGGAGCAAUUGUUUACGUUGGAGCUUUAACAACUAGUCGUUUUAGGGAAACUAGUAAUUUGUUGAGCUUCAUUAAAGAAUUUGAAGAAGAGGAUAAAUAUAUGACACUUACUCUUAAUAUUUCAGGUGGAGCUAAUGAUCCGACACAGAUUCGACUUUUCAUUAAACAAAAUGAUGAAUCUGCUUUACAUCCUAAAUUCGUGAAAGAUUAUCGUGAAUCCAAAACAACAGAUCAAAAAUUAGACGCUUUGUACGGACUUGGUUUUAAUCAGCGUGAAGAAAAGAUUCGUGUUAGUUCGGUUUGA